UCAACACCCCUGCACGCGAAAUCGCGUUAGUAAAGUUGACAAUGACACGCGCGCAGUGAAAACUUAUAGGGGAAAAGUGACAAACACGAAAAAAUAGGAAAGCAAAGACAACAAAGGACAAACAAGACUUAAAAGGAUAAAGAAACACUUAAAAUUGACAACUGACGGAUAAAAGUGAAUAAAAUAUAUGUAGUUACUAAAUCAAAGUGUUGAAAGUGUUUGCUUAACAUUCAUAAAUCAAAAAUUAAUAAAUUUAAGAUCAAGAUGUUGGAAUUAUGAUGGUAACGAGACCAACGAGAUUAUACAAAACCCCUCCGGGGUCCAGGGGGAAUAGUCCUAACAGGACAACAGCUGUAACUCCUCCAGGAGCUAAAAAGAAAGCCAGCACACCUCCAGCAGUAAGAAGACCUCCACCUGGCCGUAGUCCAGCAAGAAGUCCUCAGAAAACUCCUCCAACGAAAGCAAGAAGUGUUGGGAAUAGUCCUGUGCGAAAUACAACAAGUAAUCGGAGUUCCCGAGGGAGUAGUCCGGCAAAAACACCUCAAUCACGUGGCAGCGACACCGGAAGUAUCGAUGUAUUCGAUGAAACAGAUACAACUCGACGUGUUAUUUCCACUUUUAAUCAAGGAGAAGAUAAUAUUAAUGUCGUAGUAAGAGUAAGGCCCUUAAAUCCAAAGGAACAACAACGUGGAGAUCGUCCAGUGUUGCAAUUUCCGGGAAAUGGCCAAAUAUUAUGUGAAGCUGUUGAUGAUGGAGGUCCAAGAGGCGAGAAAAAACCAAAACUUUUCUCAUACAACGUUGUUUUCGAGCCUGCGGCGACGCAAGAAGACGUUUUGCAGUUUUCCGGUAUAAAACGCCUGAUAGAAAUGGCAAUGGAAGGUUUUAGAUGUACAGCGUUCUGUUACGGACAAACCGGAAGUGGGAAAACGCAUACAUUGACAGGUCCACCCGGACUGUUUGGGAAAAAAUUUGCUCCGUACAGUGACCAACACGGAUUGGUUUUCCGGUCAUUCUUAUACCUAUUCCAACUGAUAAAAGCCAAACCCGAGAUGCAUUUUGUGCUUAAAGCAAGUUUUUUGGAAAUCUACAACGAAAAAGUCAUCGAUUUAUUAAACCCAGGCAGUGUACGUAAACCCCUCGCCGUCAGAUGGAGUAAAAAAGCGCGUGGGUUUUUCGUCGAGAAUCUAUUCACGGUAGAUUGCGAAGAAUUAGACGAUUUAAUCGCUGUCCUCGAGGAAGGAAUGCGGAAUCGUUCAGUAGGCAGCCACAACAUGAACGACACCUCAAGUCGAAGUCACACGAUAUUAUCCGUCUACAUAACCUCUGAGCAACCGGCGGAAAAUGGCGUCUUCAUCUCCCGCUCGGGAAAAUUAAACUUCGUUGAUUUAGCAGGCAGUGAAAUGACAAAAAAGACGCAAAGCGAAGGAAAAACCCUCGAAGAAGCAAACAACAUCAAUAAAAGUUUGAUGGUUCUAGGCUACUGCAUUGCUUCACUAAGUGACCCAAAACGUAAAGACAAACACAUCCCCUACAGAGAUUCAAAGUUAACAAAACUCCUCGCUGAUUCGUUAGCUGGGAAUGGCGUCACGUUGAUGAUCGCUUGCAUUUCACCCGCAAAGUAUAACUACGCAGAGAGUAUCAAUACGCUUCGAUAUGCAGCUCGCGCGAAGAAAAUCCGAACCAAACCGGUGGUUUUGAUGGAUCCACGGGAAGCGUUGAUUCUAAGUUUGAAACGUGAAGUGAACGCACUGCAGACCGAGAAUGAACACUUGCGAUCCGCUCUAAAUGGCUACAAAUCAAGUAGUUUUAGCGAAACGAGCGUCACCGGUCGUCCGAUAUUAAGUCCCGAAGAUGUUAAUCCCGAUCGUCUUGCACAACUAGAAGGUCCGCAACUUGUCGAACUCAUCAGAGUCUACGUGCAAGAAAACGAAGCUCUACAUAAAGAUAAUGAAGAAUUAUUCGCGUCACGUGAUGCGUUGUUAAGAGAACAUGAAAUAGUCUCGCGAGAAAAUGAACGCCUACUUAAAAAGCUGGAAGAUGUCAAUUCGUCGCCGCUGAUACAAACCGGAGCCAUCAGUGCAGAAAUAGGCAGCCAUCAACGCACCGGUGCUAGUAACGUGUGGACCAACCCAAUUGACCACAAAGAAACCAAUGGAAUACCUGAAUCAAUCCAGAAAGAACUUGAUAAACGUCGUAUAGGCGACAGUAUACCUGAGAAAAUGAGCGCCCAUCGAAGGCACAAUUCGUGGGACGGCAGGCCUGGAUCCAACACCGCCAUUCGAGCGAAGAGUUCCGGUUCGGACGGUGGGAAAUCAUCCGAUCAUCGUGCGCGCAUGCAACACAUCGACAGCGUCUCGGGGGCGGUGGGCGAAUGGCGGCAGCCGGAGGAUGAUAAGCCGCGUUUCUCGAUGGGCAACAAGGACAUGUUCGGUAGCUCGAUCAGCAUCGAUCAGGACGACGAUGAUAUUUUCGAUCGGCCAUGAGCGGCCAUCUUGAUUCCCAAGCCGGCAAACAACGUAAACCUAUAGAAUAUUGUGUUAUUUAAUCUUGUUGAGUGUAAUAUCAAUAAAUUUUACAAAAA